AAUGCAUUCGACGCUUGCGUUACCACAAGUGUCCAAACCCCUCCUCGAUGAGAACGUGAAACACAAAUACGUUCAGGGCCCGCAGUUUGGACUCGAUAGUAUCGGCUCACUGCCUUCAAUACAAAGGAGCGCCCUGACCAGAACAAUACUUCUAAACACCACUUGUGAUGGCCAAUAAUCAGUUAUCCCAAGUGGAGGUUGCCGCCCGGGGGAUGGAUUUGCUGACCGCCAUCUUCAAUAGCCCCGGCAGUCGUGUGGUAGCGAAUAUUGCCCGUUGGUUGGGCAGGGAGGGAGUGGAUGAGGAAGAGCUUGGAUUGUGCCUGGAGCAGUCCGCGGGACUGGUCUACGGCAACGACAACUGUGAAGACUUUUACAAGACAGUCACUCUUCAACCGCCCAUCACCAAAAUCGCCAAAGACUUCGUUUCUCAGGGCACAUCUGGGUCUCUUGGUGGGCAGAUGGCGGCGCACCCGCACUUACGAUGGCUCACUUCAACUGUGGCCGGCCUGUUUCAGUUCCACAGCGAGCACUUUAUCCACGCUACCAUUCUGGCCUUCAUCAUCCAAGCCAACCAGAAUCCGGGAGAGCUACUCUCGGAGACCAAGGCCAAGCACGACACCCGUGGGGUCACCAUGAAACGGGUCCUCCGGAAGCUAGUGGAUAGCGUCUGGUUCUACGUGGUCAACUCAGCCACGGCAAGGUCAGGGAUUUCCAACGUCUUGCCUCUGCCAAAUGGCCUUGACGACGUCUGCGAGAACGGCCAUUACCUGAAGGCAUUCGAGCUUGGAAGCUGCCUGGCUCGGAUCAGGACGGCUGUUCAAAACGGAGGAGAGAUUGUGAUCGAGAGCAUGUAUCUGAUUAAGGACUUGAUAUGGUGGCUGUGGUAUCAUUUUACAGGCAACCUCACAGUCGUGGUCGGCGGGAAAAUCCUGGAGGACAAACCGGGAGAGUCCGCGGAGGGAGUAGCUCUGAGCCGUAUCGAGGUCCGCAUUAGGAAGAGCUGCCCCCGCGGAACUUGCGAUACACUCGCCGACCCCCGUUCCUCUGAGAAUAUCGUCAGAGUGCGUGUGGCCGUGGCCGGUAAAGCCCAGGACUUGUUCGAAACUACCACCUACAACUGCGGGGACCCGUUACUUUGGGAUCGGGGUGCUGCUGUCCGGACCGAGCUCUAUGACGUCCCUUUCACUCGGCGCCGCGAUCGAGAGAUUCCAUCGGUGGACUACGAAACUCUCGGUAUUAGAACUCGCGCCACAGCGGUUAUCAUAGUCUCAAGGCUUUUGGAUCUCCCCGUUUCCGGAACCUUUAACCGUCUCCCGAGCCUUGCCUUCGCAGUUCAGGUGAAACCGGAGGACAAAAAAGGCCCCAGGGAGUCAAGACGGACGCUUCGAGUAAUGGAUCUUGUGACACGGUCGCCGUCAAUACUCAACAUGGGAUGGGACUGCCCUGAAAAGAACACUGCCGCUGUCUUCGAAGCGCCUCCGAGGGGAAGAAGAGGGGGAGCGUUCUACAUCAACGGAGCACGCGUGCCCGAAUUGCCAACUCAACGCAGAGAGCAUUUUAGCACCACCGACGUGGAAGCAUCCCUGUGUUGCUAUCCCAUCCUCAAGGACCUGGCGGACUCUGUCAGGGAGGUCUGCAAAUGCAUGUGGUGCCGCCGUCGAAACCCCGACUCGAGGCUUGUUGGCCGCGCCAUCUUUGACAAGGGGUGCCUCCGGAGGAAAGUCUUUAUGGGAGUCUUGCAAUUGGUCGCCCACGCCAUUGCCGACUGCUUCGGCUGCGAGGAUGCCUCGCCAUUGCCGCCCGACGCCGAGGAUUUGGGCGUGCUUGAUAUUCUUUCGGCCGUGAUUCAUGGGGUCGUGAUAUGGAACGACUGGUUCGCCGUCGCAUCGCGCGUGUUUCUCGGCUGCCCCGACCUGAUCGAAACUCAAAGCCCCGAGGACGCAUACCAACGCCCCCGACUAGCGAUCCAGUAUGGUGGGCUGGCUACACUUGCGCCGUGGUUGGAUAUGUCGGCGGACCUCCGAUCCAUCAAACCGUUUUCCAUGCAGAGGGUGAAGGGCCGUAUCGGCGUGCUGCGAGGCGAUGGCACGUCGGAGGCGGGAGGGGUUUCCAUACAGAGCGUCGAGGGCAGCUUUGCGAUGAUCGAAUCUCGACACACCGAGGCGAUUGAGUCACAGGGUGACAGAGUACAAGGGAGCACUGAAGGGGCAACCCCUGAGUGUGUUGCCCCCAGUGAUCCCCACACGACUCUGGAGACGGACAUGAUUCUGGUCCCAGAAGAGAAAAGUCGCUACGAGCUGUGGCUUCGGGUUCGGACAAAGCAGCAUUCCCGCUUGAUCGAUCCAAGCAGUGCUAUCCGAGCACUGUCGCGGUUGUUGGGGAUUCAGGAUCGGUGCCUUCACCUUGUGGACGAGACUUCGCAGCCUGGAGACCGAAUCGCUGGCGCUGUACAAGCUGGCAGUUUUGAUCAAGUACUGGGGACUUGGGGUAGCGAGUCGAGUCUUUCAAGGAGCAUUACUUCGGUCCAGGAUAUCUUCUGCGGCCUUUCGCCGGUGUGUGAUUCUCACCUGAGACUCAACAUCACCGCGUCCCUGACGCUCCCCCAUGAGAAAUUACUGGCUUGUGAGAAGGCCUGUGUUGUCUGCCGUUCAAAGGAGAAGGAUGCAAUAGUCGAAAUGAUGAAUCGAUCGGGACGAAAUGUGGUGAGCACCAGUGCAUUCGUCAUUUAUGUUUCAAAGCAUGUUUUGGAAGGGAGACAUCACGCUGGGGCGCCGAUAGAAUGGGGACACGGCCACAACAGUGUGACGGGCAUGUGAAUUAGUCACGCCUGGAAAGACCCAGGAAUAGCUACGGCCU